UUGGGAUAUAGGCGAAGAACGGCAGCCGAUUGCGGAUAAUAUCCCGACCCUAAAAACAGCUAGGGUGAAGUGAGUAUUAGAGGAAAAGAAGUGAAGCAGAAGUGUUUACAGAUUUAGGUGAAGAAGAAGAAGUGGAAGAAAAGGUGGAGGCGGCGAUGUACAGAAACCGGUGAUUUGAUGUUUUGGCUAGGGAGACAUGUUUAAUUCAACAAUCGGAGAAAUGGAUCCGUCUUCUGUGCCACGUAGAAGCGGUGAAACAAGACCAGAGAGUUUCAGCUUUGUGCAAGGUGGCAGUUUGAACGGUCAUCUUCCACAGGCACAUAUAAGAGCAGAUGCAAGGUUACAAGAACAGGAGUUUACCUCCUAUAAGGCGCUUGAUUACCAGAAAGGUGGCAUUGAGAUGCACGAACUCACUGUCAAAAAGGUCCGCACUUAUGCUGAGAAUGAUUUGGAUGCCGGACAUAGACACAGAACAACCUCUCUAGAAGAGGUGGUGGUGGAGGCAGAGGAAGAGAAUGAGACCGAAGAAGAUUCUUACUACCCAAAGGGUUGGAAACCCAUGCUUGUAGUUUUGGGAAGUUUUUUAUCGUGUUUCACCAUGUUCGGAAUCUUCAAUUCUGUGGGUGCCAUCGAAGCCUUCGUGCAGGACCAUCAGCUUGCCUCUGCUUCGGUUUCCUCAGUCUCCUGGGUAUUUUCAAUCUACAUGUUUGUUUCGCUUUUUCUAGGCUUGGUGGUGGGUCCGCUGUACGAUACAUUUGGUGCUACAUACCUUCUACUCACGGGAAGCAUUCUAACCUUCGUCGGACUUUUUGCAUGUGGGUCUGCUACCACAAUUUAUCAGUUCAUCUUAAGUUUCGGACUAUGUAACGGCAUCGGCGCUGGAUUCAUCAUGUUCCCCGGUAUCUCAGUCAUAUCAAGUUGGUUCAACAAAGAAAAAAGAUCUUUCUACAUAGGAGUAGCACAAACUGGUGGUUCAAUUGCAGGAAUAUUCUUCCCCAUUUUGUUGCGAUACUUGUUUGAUAAGUACGGCUUUAAGUGGGCUAUGAGAAUACUUGCUCUAUUCAACCUUGGUGUAACUCUAGUAUCCUUACCUUUUACGCGGGACAGGUUGACAGAGCUCAGAGAGUUGAGGGGCGAACCGGCCGAUGAAAGGCCCUUCUGGAUGAAGCUCAGAGGUUCCAUUGACUUGAAUUAUUUCAAGGACAAAAAGUUUAUGGUCUUGACUAGUGCACUUUUCAUGAACGAGUUCUCGUUGUUAAUUGUGUUGACAUAUCUUGCAUCGUAUGCAAUGGCAUACGGAGCAUCAGCAUCGGAGAGUUAUGUAAUGCUUACAAUCUUGAACGUUGCCGGGACGUUCGGCAAAUUCAUCCCAUCGUAUUUCGCCCAGAAAUACGGUUGUUUCAAUAUGAUGAUCUUGAUGUCUGUUUCGAUGACACUUGAAUGUUUCAUUAUUUGGCUUCCGUUCGGCAAACACAAAGCUGCAUUGUAUGUUUUCAUCGUGCUCUUUGGGUUUGCUUAUGCUGCAACAUACGCCCUCACGGGCGCUUUGGUAGGUGCAAUUACUGCAAAGACAAAGGACUUCGGGAAGCGAUACGGGUCUGCCUAUGCGAUUGUUUCGUUUGGUAACCUGAUCUCACUUCCCAUCUCUGGCUCAUUUGUCGUCAACAAGACUACCAGUGACUACAACCACAUGGUGGCCUUUGCCUCUGCUUCUUGCUUCUUAGCUUCCUUUCUCUUUAUAGUUUCAAGGUGGACUGUCGUAGGCAGUAAACUUAGGGCAGUCGUAUGAAACUUAGCCUAUAAGAGUGUUCUAAGCAACAAACGAACAUAUAUAUAUCCUGAAAGAUAAAGAAACUUUUGUUUAUGCCUCACUGGCGUGUGUCACAGCG